CAGCAACAAGGCCAGGCGAUGUUUGCUAGAAUCACCUUUUACCCAUCACUGCUGUACAAUGUGAUGAUGGAGAAAAUCACCAGCCGAAACUGGUACGACCGUAUCGAUGAGAACGUCAUCCUCGGUGCGUUACCGUUCCGAUCGAUGGCACAGGAAAUGGUUAGGAAGGAAAACAUUAAGGCGGUCGUGUCAAUGAACGAAGACUACGAACUGUGGGCAUUUUCCAACAACAAGGCCCGUUGGGCGAAGUUGGGCGUGGAUUUUCUACAACUAGAAACGACCGACAUCUUCGAAUCACCUUGCCAGGAAAAGCUGUGGAAAGGAGUUAACUUUAUGAACCGAUUUCUGCCAGAGAAUGAUAAAAUGGUACAGCUUCCGGCUGCUGAAGGAUCACCGGCAGAAACAGGCACGAUAUAUGUGCACUGCAAGGCGGGUAGGACGAGAAGUGCGACACUCGUAGGCUGUUACCUGGUUAUGAAAAAUGGAUGGAGUCCAGAACAGGCAGUCGAGCAUAUGCGUACCUGUCGGCCACACAUAUUGCUGCGUAGCAAGCAGUGGGAAGCGUUACGGUUAUUCCACCAAACGAAAUGUCCACCAACGACACCGACGUAA